ACGCCGCAUUCCAGCUGCAUGUUCACAACUUGUGUGGCAUCGGGUUGUUUUCAACAUGGAUAAGAAAUCAUCGGAUGUUCAAAAGCCCAAGGCCGCCAAGUAUCUGGACACAGAAGACCCUGUCAGGAACUUCGAGAAAUGGAAGAAGAAAUAUAACCGGACCAAAGCUCGCGUGAAGGGGCAAAGAAAGCCAAAGAAGCCGGAGUGGCAGGUUGAGAGAGAAGACAUCCAGAGACUGGUCAGCAGGUACGAUGACAUCGACACCAAGGAGGCGGUCAAGUUUUCAGAUUUCCCUAUCUCAAAGAAAACAUUGUUAGGGUUACAGGCAGCUCAGUACCGUCAACCCACCGAGAUCCAAAGGCAGACAAUCGCUCCGGCUCUGAGGGGCAGAGAUGUGCUCGGUGCUGCUAAAACCGGCUCCGGCAAAACCUUAGCCUUCCUCAUACCGAUCUUGGAAUGUUUGUACCGCCAGCAGUGGACCUCCGUGGAUGGACUUGGCGCGUUGGUCAUCUCCCCUACCAGGGAACUCGCCUACCAAACAUUUGAGGUUCUGCGCAAAAUCGGGAAGAACCACGAGUUCUCAGCUGGGCUUAUAAUCGGAGGAAAGGAGGUCAAAAGUGAAGCCGAGAAGAUUCACAGGACAAACAUCGUCAUCUGCACCCCUGGCAGGCUCCUGCACCACAUGGACCAGACUGCCACUUUCCAUGCCUCAAAUCUCCUCAUGCUGGUGCUAGAUGAAGCUGACCGCAUUCUGGAUAUGGGGUUUGCUGACACAAUGAAUGCCAUUGUGGAGAAUCUUCCAAACACCAGACAGACCUUGCUGUUUUCAGCUACACAAACCAAGUCAGUCAAAGACCUGGCCCGCCUCAGUCUCAAAGAUCCAGAGUAUGUGUCGGUGCAUGAAAAUGCUAAGUUUAGCACCCCCGCCACCCUGGAGCAGAACUACACAGUGUGUGAGCUUCACCAGAAGAUCAACAUGCUCUACUCUUUCAUUCGUAGUCACCUGAAAAAGAAGAUCAUCGUCUUCUUCGCUUGUUGUAAAGAGGUCCAGUAUCUGUUCCGGGCCUUCUGCCGGCUCAGACCCGGCAUCCCUGUUUUGGCACUGUAUGGAAAGCAGAAGCAAAAGAAAAGAGUGGAAGUCUACAACGAUUUUGUGCGAAAGCAAAAUGCUGUUUUGUUCGCCACGGAUAUCGCAGCCAGGGGGCUGGACUUCCCUGCGGUCAACUGGGUCCUACAGUUCGACUGUCCUGAGGACGCAGACACCUACAUCCACAGAGCAGGUCGGACAGCCCGUUACAAGGAGGGAGGUGAGGGGCUUCUUCUGUUGCUCCCCUCAGAAGAAAAAGGCAUGGUCGCCCAGCUGCAAGAGAAGAAGGUGCCAGUCAAUAAGAUCCAAGUGAACCCAGAGAAAUUGCAGAACGUCCAACAGAAGUUGGAGGCUUUCCUUGCUCAGGAGAAGGAGCAGAAAGAGCGUGCCCAGAGGUGUUUUGUGUCCUACCUGCGCUCUGUCUACUUGAUGAGCAACAAGGCUGUUUUUGAUGUUUCUAAACUGCAGCUACAUGAGUAUGCUCUCUCUCUUGGCCUGGCUGUGGCCCCGAGGAUCCGCUUCUUAAACAAAAGUCAAAAAGGGCAGAAGCAAGAAGUGACAAAUAAUUCAGAUGAAGAUGAGGAGGAAGAGCAGUUGAAGAGCUUCAAAGCACAUCUUAGGGGAGAACCUUCUCAAGAGGAAAGUGGGAGUUCUGAUUCAGAAAGUUCCAGCGAUGAUGAGAAAGAGCAAGAGAACAAGUCCUGGCCUCUGGUUCUGGGUACUGAUGAUGAUGAAGAGGAAGAUCAACGAGACCUUGAACUGCUGACCGUUAAAAGAAAAGAUGUUUUCAACCUGACAGAAAAGGAGGCAAAUACUGAGGGUCUCAUAAAGACGAAGAAGAAGAGUACCCAGAAAGAGACAAAGUUCAAGGAAGCCAAGAAAGUUCUGAAGAGGAAUUUCCAGGUCAAUACCAAAGUGGCUUUCAAUGAGGAAGGGGAAAUGGUGCAGAUGUGGCCUCCUGUGCAGCGUGGUGCCACAGCCCAGGAAGACCAGGAGGACGAGGAGGAGUCAGGCAUCAACGUAGAAAAAGCCAAGGAACGUCUCCGGAAGGAGGACCAGGAGUUUGACAAGCAGGAGUACAGUCGUAAGGUCAAGGCCAAGCACAGAGAGAAGAGGUUGAAAGCCAAGGAGGCCCGUCGGGAGGCAGGCAAGAAGAAGUCUGCUGCUGGUGGUGAUGAUGAUGAUGAUGAGGAAGAUGAGGUGGUCGCCUAUCUGGCCAUCAGCAGUGAUGAUGAGUUUGACCCCAGCAGUCUGCCUGACCCGGACAAACACCACUCUCCUCUCUCGUCUGAGGGGGAGGAAGAGGAGGGAGAGAAGGUUAGUGCCAAGUCUACCAAGCGCCACCACAGUGAGAGCAGUUCUGAGGAGGAGGAAGUGCCCACAGGACAGAGGAAAAGGAGGAAGCCUGAAGAAGAGGACACUGUCUUGGACACUGGUCUGUCUCUGGCUGAAGAUGAGGAGCUGGUUCUGCAACUUCUGGGAGGAAAAAGAUAAGAGAGGACACAGAUUAUUAAGAUACGUUCAUGCGGUUUGUUCGAGAUGAUGUAUGUGUUUUCCAUCAAAUGCCUGAGACCAUUUAUUCAUACAGGCAAAAGGACAUCAUAAAGAGCCAUGUAUAUCGUCAUAAAUGAUUUAUGACUAAUCAUAGCUAAGUAACUUCAUAUGCAGUCUACUAAGGUCUGAAUUUCAUUCAAUUCAAAUGCUGGGUAGAUCACCUGAAAUGAACCCCACAGCUGUGGGGGGGAAUUAAGAUGGAGGAUUAAGCUUGUAUCCACUAUUCGAUUUGUAAAGAGUCUUUAAUCAUUGCUGGUCUCGUCUGUCACCCCAUGAACUUGCGCAUGUGAAAAUGUGACUAUAUUCCUGUACUUGUUUCUGAAACUGUUGAAAUCGUAGUCUGAUAUUGUGUGGUCAUGAAUGUGCGUGAAAGACGAUCAGAAUAUUGUUUCUGAUAUGAUUUUCAGAUGUAGUAGUUUGGAUAUUAAAUAUAUUAAAUUUGGCUUUGAACUGUGAUGGAAAGCAGAGAUUUAAAUACGCGCGAAUAUUUGCAUUUAAAAGAAAUACCCAUUGUUCUUUAUAGCAAAUCGCCUCGCAUCAUUUUGAACUGAGUAAAUUGAUUUAAAUUUCCAUAACAACUUUAGGUGCAAUAAACCGAGGCAGCUAAAGCCAAUAUUUGUGGUUUGAAUUGUAAACGCGUGGUUUCACUCGUCGUAGUCGUCGUUUCUCACUAUGGCACUUGAACGCCGCACCAGUGGAGCAGUUCAAACAUGUGCCGCGGAGUAACUGACAUGCACAGGUAGGUCCAUGGUGUGAGCAUAGUGGAACCCGAGUUUAAGUAGUUAAAGAAACCCCUCCUAAUGAUCAUAGCCCAGUCUACUCAAUACAAUGUCAUC